AUGACGGAUCCCAAUGACGGCGAGCUGCGCCGUUUACUGGAGGACGCCCUCAAGGUGUUCGACAAUGUCAAGCCGACUACGGGCUCUGACGUGAAGACGAUGCUCUCGACGUACCUCGAGGCUGUCACUGCCAGGCAAACCGGUGUCGACGAAGAGAAGAAGCGUAUGUGCGAGAGCCUGAUACACGCUUCGAAGGCGCUUCACAUCCCGAUCAAUACAGACACCCCCGCCACCGAACAACUGAACACGGUCGUCCAGGGCGUUACCGCUGCUUUCGAAGCUCGCGACACGGCGAAUUACGCCGUCAUGAACGCUCUGGUAUUGAACGCGGCUCCUUUCCAGGUCCAGAUCAACCAGAGCCUCGCGCCUGCUGAAUACGCCAAAGAGGUUCUUACCGAUGUAUCCACCAAGCAUACCGCGGCGCUUGCGAAGAUCGAAGAAUUCGAGAAGAGAGUGGAAGUCAUGGCGGCUGCUCUGGGAUUCAAACUGACCAAGGCACCUGGACGUGAGCAAGUUAAAGAGAUUACCAAUCACGUCAAGAGGUCUCAAGAGAAGAAAGAGCAGGAACUCGUACAGUGGGAGAGCCAGGUGACCCCGGCGGUGAAUCUUGCAGCCACCCAACUAGGGGUUCAGUUGCCAGUUCACGGCAUUGCCGGGCUGGUCCAGGAACUUGGCGAAAAAGCUCAAGCCUGCUUCAAGGACACUACUGAACACCAAAAGGAUAUGUUUGACAGCCUCUUGAUAGAAGCUAUCGGGAUUGUCGAACACUCAAUCGGUGGCUAUACCGUCGAUGAACUCAGUGUUGCCCUUCCAGUUCUCUCCGGCGACGCGGCUUCGACUCUUCGAUGGAGUGAGCAAGAGAAGAAGCGAAUCACACAAGCGACUGAAAAGCGUGACGCAGAUUUUCAGACGAGAAAGGUUGAGAGCGAGCAGAUACUGCGGGAUAUGAUUCAGAGAUCGUACAAGAUCCUUUAUCCACAUGCCAAUUCACUCCCAACGCUCACUCCGAAGCAUACCAGCCAGCAACUCAUAGAGUGGACGACUGAGAUUCAUGGCUUAUUCCAGGCCCAACUUCAUGAACCGAUCGAGGCGGACGUGGACCUAAUAGACGCGCGAACGGACACCUUGAUCCUUCUACGGGCCAGCCUGUACACGUUUGUAAAGAAUGCGUUCGCUGCAGCGCAUCUUCCUACUGCCGAUGAAGACUGGCCUGCCACUUACGAGGAAGACGAUCUGGUCAUCGCCGUGGAUGCUGAGCAUUUUGUCGCUGAGCGUCUGGAAGUUCUGCAGAAAGCGCUAGACGCGCAGCGCGAAACUGACAAGAAGAGCAACGCUGCUCAACUCAAGCUGCUGGCUGCCGAGAUCGAUCACAUCACAUGUCUCGUCUGCCGUUGUACCACUGUGCAAGAUCCGAUAGAUUUCGAAGACUGGUUCAAAGAGGAAUUCGCAGAGCACCAGCUCGCGAUCAAAGAGUCUACCGAGGAGGACCUGCACUUCAGCUACGGGCGGCUCCUCCGGUGGGUGGGCGGCAGGGUAUUCGACCGCUUCCGCCGCUUCCAGUCGCUACUACAUAAAGAGGACAAGCUUGAGACGUUUCUCUUUGACGCGACAUACUUGUCGUACGACGUGAACACGAAGAACGCCACGACCAUGGCAGACUGGCUCAUCGAGAAAGGUGAGAACCUCGAGGACGUCAUCAAGGAGCGAUCGUCCGAUGCGAUGGAAGCCCAGCAGCAGGUUGUACAUCUCCGUGGUGUUCUUGGAGACGCGCGUGACUAUUACACUACCCUGGAGAAGGCUAUCGACGCGUCGUACGUCGUGGUCCUCGCGAGGGAGGAGGAAAUCGCCAAGCUCAAGCAGCUCCAGGCUCCUCCGGGAUAG